UUGGCUCUAAAAUGGUUUAAUUCAAAUCAACUUAAACUAUCUCUAUUUAGUUUGUGACUUAAACUUCUCAAGUUCUCAAAGAAAGAACUUAAACCUGUGCUAAUUAAUAAUUAUUAACAUUGAACAAAUUUUUUGUUAAAUAUAGCUUUCUGUUUUGGUUACUUUACUUUCUCAUGAUAGUUGUGUUAUAGUGAUUGAUAUGCACGUAACUGAGUUAAUAACUACCUACCUACAGUUGUUGCAACUAUUGCUUGUUUGUUGAUUCUACGGUUUCACCUAUCGAACUGAGAAUUUAAGAUGGGUGAAAAAGCAACAGCGACAAGUACUUCAAAUGUGUUUUGUUGUGCUGUGUGCAACGACACAUUUAACUCCAACAAGGCAUUAAUUCGCCACAAAACAUUGCACGCUAAAGAAAAAAGAACUUUCAACUGCAACACUUGCCCAAAAUUGUUCACGGAACACCGUGAAUUUGUAUUACACGAAAUCACUCAUUUGCACCAUACUAGCAAACAUAAAUGUGUGGAAUGCGGAGUCGAAAAGAGAUAUAUGGAGUACAAAAUACACGUGUUGACACAUUAUGAACAACCAAAACAGUCCUGCGAUGUUUGCGGUGUCUUGUUGACUUACGACAAGAUGAAGGAACACACUAAAGUGCAUAGUGGUUUCAACACGCGGUUCGUGUGUGAUAUUUGCGGCAAGACUCUGUCUACCGGCAAGCGAGAGAUGCACAUGGCCAUUCACAGACGAGGGCCCAAACGGUACCCGUGCGAUUAUUGCGACAAAGUGUACAAGUGUAAACAUGACAGGGACUGUCAUGUGAACAUUCACACUGGUGAACUGUCAGAAAUAUGCGAUAUAUGCGGUUUCGUCUGUCACAACCCGAAAAAUAUGAACAGACACAAGCGGAAACAUAAAAUAAUAGAAAAUAGGUUCGAGUGUGACUAUUGUCAGAAGAUAAUUUUCAAUAAGACAUCGCUUGUGCUUCAUAUUAGGAACCACAUGCUUGGAUUCAGGUGUAAAUGUAGAAACUGCUCGUUCUCAGCGCCCACUCGCUCGGCGCUGAAACGACACAAGAAGUUGACGCAUUACUUCUGUAAAAUCUGCCGCGACGGCUUCCACUCCAGCACCCAGCUGGCACGUCACGUGAAGUCGACUAAUCAUCAGGAAUUGAUGAUGGAGAAUGACGAGUGACUUGACAAAAAUCAAUGUACAAUACAAUAAAAAGUUUA